AUCAUAUAUAUCACCAUGCGCGAGAAUUUAACCUUCAUCCCUUCGUUUCUUUUUCCUUUUUGAUUCAGCCAACCUUAAGGGCUCUGUCGAAGGGUUGAGCCGGGCAAAUUUGCGGUGUGUUUUGAACGCAAUCUUUGGGGCUUUUAGGGUUUUGAGUGCGGGUUCGAUGAGUGAUUAAUUAGGGGCUGAGAGAGGUGAGUGGAGAGCACCGUAAAAGUCAGCCGUUGGAGGUCAGAGAGUGAACGAAAGACGCGAGAACGUGGUAGUCGAUUGGAGUCGAGAGUUGACGGUGAAGAGGAAUCAAACCAGAUAUGGCAGGAAAGAAGUUGCUUGUUAUGAACCUUAAUGGCUUACUGAUGCAUAGAGUUCCUUAUCGUAAUUUACAGUAUAUACGUGCUCCUAAUGGGGUCUACGGAAGGUCCGGAAAAUUUGCGGUUUUCAAGAGACCUUUUUGUGAAGAGUUUAUGAAAUUCUGUUUAGAAAGAUUUGAAGUUGGUAUUUGGUCUUCUUCAAAAGGACGUAACAUAGAUGGUGCAUUAGCUAUUGCGAUGGGAUCUAUAAGAGAAAAUAUCUCAUUUAAGUUGGAUCGAAGUCAUUGUACUGAUUCUGGGUACCCAUCCUUGGAAAGACGUAACAAGCCUCUUUUUUUCAAGGAAUUCAAUAAAAUGUGGAAAAAUGUCAAGAAAAGUGGGUCUUUUAAUGUGUCAAAUACUCUGAUGAUUGAUGACAAACCCUACAAAGCUUUUCUCAAUCCUGUAAGUAGAAGGAAUUCAUAUUUUUACUGAACUUUUUGCCUGUGUCUUCAGUGUUAUACAAACUAUACUUAUUGAACAUCUAAAUUCAGUGGAUUAUGUAAUUAUUGUUCAGGAACUCGUGCAUUACUAAUUGUAACGGUUACGAGUGUUUUCAAAAUGAUUUCUUUUUCGAUGUUUCAGAAA